AUCAUUUCCUCUUUGCUGCGGGUUUAUCCCUUUCUCCGUAUUGAGUUAGGGUUAGUGUUAGGGUUUUCCGCAGAUAUUUUUCUAGGGUUUUCUCUAUUGUUAUCAGCUAUCUAUGGACCCUGCCAAGAAGCGAAAGAUCGACGAGAACGGUGUUGCAGCAACGGAUGUAGACGCCGGAUCCAGUCUCACCCUAGAAGAUGCUCGCAAGAUUAUCGAGCCCUUCACUCACGAGCAGCUCAUCGAGAUCGUCCAAAACGCCGCCGUCCGACACCUAGACGUACUCGACGCCGUCCGAUCCAUCGCCGAUCGGGAUCCCACCCAGCGCAAGCUUUUCAUUCGCGGCCUCGGAUGGGACACCACCACCGAGAACCUCCGCAAUCUCUUCUCCACCUACGGCGACCUCGAAGAAGCCGUCGUGAUCCUUGACAAAGUCACCGGGAAAAGUAAAGGGUAUGGGUUUGUUACGUUCAAGCACGUCGAUGGCGCCUUGCUCGCGUUGAAGGAGCCAAGUAAGAAAAUUGAUGGGCGAAUGACCGUGACCCAGCUUGCGGUAUUGGGAAAUUCCGGGUCUAAUGCGAAUCCGACUGCGAUUGAUGUUUCUAUGCGCAAGAUUUAUGUAGCCAACGUGCCAACUGAUAUGCCAGCGGAUAGGCUUUUGGCGCACUUCUCCUCUUAUGGGGAGAUAGAAGAAGGUCCCUUGGGUUUUGACAAACAGACAGGCAAGUCAAGAGGGUUCGCCUUGUUCGUGUACAAGACAGCUGAGGCAGCGAGGGCUUCACUGGUUGAUCCAGCCAAGACAAUUGAUGGGCACCAGCUUAUGUGCAAAUUGGCUAUUGAAGGAAAGAAGGGAAAGCCAGGGAUGCCUGGGGGAGUUCAAGGCCCUGCUGGAGGAGAGGCGCACGGGGAUGGGCUUGGAUUGCCUCCAACGUCGAUGCCAGGGUCGCUUGGUUCCCAGUAUGGGGGACCUGGAGGUCCAGGUGGGAUUUCUUCAUAUGGUGGGUUUUCUGGUGGGCCGCCCCCACUUGGUCAUCAUCAUGGGUUGAAUUCUUCAUUGCCCUCUUCUCUUGGCGGCCCAGGGCUGUCAUCAGUUGGGGGUCAAGUGCCUGCGUCUUAUGGCAGUGGGAUGGGUGGUCCAUAUGGUGCCUCCCAAUAUGGCGGUCCAACUGCAACAGGAUAUGGCGGAUUAGGUGGUGCUGGCAGUGGGCUGGGUGGUGGAUUGGGUGGCGCAGGUGGUGGAUUGGGUGGUGCAGGUGGUGGGUUAGGUGGUGCUGGGGGUGGUUCUUCUAUGUAUGGUAGGUUGCCACCCAAUACUGCUGGAAUGCCAUCUUCUGGAGGAUAUCCUGAAAGUGGGCACUAUAGCUUAUCAUCGUCUGGCUAUCCUAGCCAGCACCACCAGGCGACAGGGACAUCACCAGUACCUAGGGUCGCUCCAGGGGGCAUGUACCAGGGAAUGCCUCCUUACUACUGAGUGCAUUGUGCAGUCUCGUGGUAUAUUGAAACCAGGUUUUGCCCUUGUUCGGUUGAUGACUUGUGAUAUCAAAGGACAGGGAGCCAAAAUCACGGUGAUUAAAUUCAGAUGAGUCAGAGGUUACUCUUUACGUGACCAUCUUUGGCCUCGGAGCGAGCGAGCAUGCAUGUGUCUGAUGGAAAUUGUAAAUACAGCAAUAGAUGUGGCUGGAGGAGGACCUGUUUGGAAAUUUGAUGAAUGGUAGGGAUGAUCUUUAGAGAAAUGGAAUGAGAGUGGAUAUGGCAGCGUGCAGGCCUGCACUGUUCGUGGCAUGAUAUUUUCAUUUUGCCCCAUUGUUGGGAAGGUUCCCAAUGAAGAAUCCAAGGGCAGUGUUUGUUGCAUUUAAUGGGAAUAAUGUAUGCAUGUCAUGUGCUCACAAGUUGAGCGGUUGAAGCUGCAUGGGGCUCACCUCUUUCAUCCACCUGCCGUAAUCAAUGACUCGCUGAGAACAGCAUUGCUUGGACAAUUGCUGCUGUUCCGGUAAAGCCAUUCUUCUGAUGGGACCAACUUACUGCAGAUUUCUUAGUUUCCUCCAGCCCUUUUUAAGGAUUGCAGAUUGCUUAGUUUCCUGAAGCCCUUUUUAGCAAUUGUACUUGCGAAACCAGGAGAAUCGCAUUUUACCAAUCCCUGCUAUCUGCCUGACCAUAAAAAUGAGCCAAGACAACGCCUUCCUCUGCAUAUGUUUUGCUGCAACAACAAUAACCUUUUAGAAAUUAAAAUCAGAAUUGGCUAUUGGAUGCCCUGCAA